AUGAGAAGGUUUUCAAUCUCAAAAUUAAUUUUAUUAUCCUUAAUUAUUACACAUGUGUGUGGUGCUGAAAAUACCGUAGAUUCUGAAGUUUCAGCACACACCCAAGGCCAAACAUCUGAUCAAACUGGUUCAGGUACUGAAUUAACCACUGAAAACCCAGGAGAAGGCGCUACUCAAAAUUCUGAUACCACUGCCGAUACCCCCGAAGAUACACAAAAAUCUGAAGAUUCUGAACAACCAGAAAACACUGUAGAGGAUUCUGAACAACAAGAAACUACUGUAGAGGAUUCUCAUGAACAAGAAACUACUGUAGAACAUUCUGAACAACAAGAAACUACUGUAGAACAUUCUGAACAACAAGAAACUACUGUAGAACAUUCUGAACAACCAGAAACUACUGUAGAGGAUUCUGAACAACAACAAGAACCAUCACUUACCAUUGCUGAGGACCAGAAAUCUCAAUUUCACGAUUCCUCAGUUGAGCAAACUACUGUUACCUACCCGACUAACCUAAAACGGGUAAAACUUGACCUUGAUAUUGAAGAGGAUUCAGCUGAUUUUUACUAUACAAAGGAUGAGCCUUGGUCCACUUACACUCCUAUAAGUGGUAAAAUCUUUAAUAAAGUUAUCUUUUCAGUGCCUUACGUUUCUCCUGUGGUUAUCUGGAAACCCGCAACUCUUAAUGAAUUUGCCACUAAAGUUAAAGUCUUCCGAACAGGAUCAAUAAUUCUUUUUGUUGACAUUUCUCUUUGUAACGGUGGUAGAAAGGUUUUUAGAAGAUAUUUAACAGAAUCCAAAUGGUUAGAUGUUACUUUUCCACCAGAUGUCAAGUUAUUUACUCAUCGAAGUGUCGUCUUGGACCCAAGUAAUUACACAUUAAAAGCUCAUUUCGACUAUGAAACUAUUUAUACUUUUACUCUCAAAGAAGGUGCCAAAUGUAGUAAGAUAAAAUACGAGGGUGAGACAAUUUGGAAAUACGGUAGAACUUAUACUUCUUCUGACGGGAACAAUGUAACAUGUUCUUUGUAUCCCACUUGUAUUACGUAUACUGUGAACAUAUUUUUGGGUAAAUUUAACUUGAGGCAUUACGAAGUUCACACCUUCAGAGUCUCAUUCAGCGACGGUUCUUUUGUUAACUGCUCUCUCGGUGAUAAAGGCUGGGAACAUUUUUAUCAUCCAAAACUAACACAUUAAGAUCCUCACAUUAAGAUCCUAACACUAAAAUCCUCAGUAAAAUCCUCAGUAAAAUCCUCGUACAAUGAAGGAUAAAUAUUCUGUACGGUGUAGCCAAUGAUAUUCUGAAGUGUAUAAUACAUAAGCUAAUAAAAUUAGUUGAUAAAAUUAGUUGAUAAAAUUAGUUGAUAAUGUAUUGUUUAAUUUCUUGGAGGUUGUUGUUUUUAAUUGAGUAUGGCAUGAGGUGAAGUACUACUCCGAUGUUUUUCAACUCUUUUAAGCUGUUCAAGUUGGAAAAAACCUUCGCCAGCUGGCCUGAGUCGUCAGUUGUCGUCGAUAUCAACUCCAAUUCUAACAACAUUAACUUUUCUACUUCAUUUACAUUCUUACUAUUGUACACAUCACUCUUAUUACACAAUACCAACACAC